AUGUUUAUUUUCUACACCUACACUAGCAACCAGACACCACUUGGAGGUCGCCUAUCUGACGUGAUUCAGCCACUGGAUACUGUCAUUAAUUUCGUUUCAUCAUCUCAGAAUGACAUGGGCAAAUUAGACUUUGAAAAUACACACAUCAAGAAACGCGGUACAAAGAUCCAUUUUGUCCAUCACACAGGCGCUCGAAAAUCAUGUGGAAUUUGGUGCACAAAUCAUUUUGUGAUUGCAAAAUAUGUUUCUUCCUUGACUGAGGAGAUGGAAAAGAAAUUAGACAAUGUCUUGGGUCGAAUCGAAGUUCCCCUGGAUUGCCGUUUCUCUUCCAUUCGCACCAGUGAGACGAAUAUUGGUAAUUUUCUAUGUGAUAUCAUAAUGACUGGAGUGGAUGCCGAAUUGACGAUAAUAAACUCGGGCACCUUUCGUGCAGACCGUAUUAUACCCCCUGGAGAAUUUCGCCUACGCGACUUGGUCGGCAUACUUCCCAUGCUUGAUCCUCUCGUUCUGCUGGAAGCAACGGGAAAGCAGGUGUUAGAAGCACUGGAGAAUGGUGUAUCCCAAUAUCCCAAACACGAAGGUCGAUUUCCUUGCGUGUCUGGCGUCCGAUUCAGUUUCGAUCCAUCGCGACCUGUUGGCAGUCGCAUACCCUUGCCAAAGGUCACUAUUCAAGGCGAACCACUCCACUUGGAUAAAAACUACCGUUUGUGUGUGAAAACAUAUAUGGCGAGCGGUAAAGACGGAUACGAUAUGCUCAAAGAGUGUCCUGUUCUUGUGGAUGAAGAGAAUGGGCCAAUUUUCAGCACGCUGGUCCAAAAUUACUUCCGCACCAUCCUGGUUCUCAAGGGAUUUGAACGAGCUCGAACGAGACACCGUCAAAGCAUUGUGACCAUCGCCGACCGUCGUCGUUUACUGGAGUUGGCUGGAGGGCCAGCGCUACCGGCAUGUGACCCGAACUUGGCCAACCAUUGGCAGAGGGCUCGUGCGAUACUCAUAGAGCAGAGCGAGUUGAAAAGUGCGACUUGCACUGCUCCCACGGUGGACGGCCGAAUUACUGUGUUACAUCCCACUGACAGCUAAGUAGCGCGUGAACAUUUUCAUCUUGUUUUAUACUGUUCGGAGUCUUUCAGUUUCUGCAGUGACAACAGUCGUCCUUCACAUGAUUGUUACUUUUAUAUUCAUUUCUUUGUGCUUUACUCGUUAGGGUUAUCGUGUGUACACCUAUAUGUCUGUACUUUGGGGUUUGGUCCUGUCUGAUUGAUGUAGUUCCUGUUAUCCCGCUUGUUACGUUCAAUGUAGGAAGCAGAUAAUUGAACC